AUGGCUCGACAGAAGAACGCUCGUCGGACACCUAGCCUCGAGGAAGGCGAGAUACGAAACAUUCAAACCGGGAAUGAUCAUCUGCCCGCCCAACGGAAGAUCUACCAGCAGUCUGGCAACUCAAGCAGCGCAGGUCGGAAGCGCAAGAGUCCCAGCGCUGAGGCCAGCCCUCUUCCUAGUAUACCACCGUCGGAAUCUGCCGAUCCAUAUGACGGAAACGAGAACAAGAGUCCGCCAAACAGCAAGCGAAGGAAGCAGCCCCCUUCGCCCGCAGCCGCAAAGUCAGGAAGCCAGGCAAGAGCAGGCGCUACAAUCACUUCGAGCCGGUCGCAGCGUACGAGCACCAAAGCUGCGUCUACCCCUUUUGCUCAAGUUCCACCGUCAGCAUCCCCCCUCCCCGACUACGAAUUUUACGAGGAGAGUUCGUCGAAUAGUAAUGGAACCAAACAAACUCCUCCACCCACUGGCGAUAGACAAGGGAGGCAUGCAGACGACCCGAUCUUGAUCGGUUCGAGUUCGUCAAGGCGUGAUGGUACCGCAGCUGCAAUCAGAACUCCUGUUGCGUCACCAUUGACACCGCCGCCUCUGGAUCCCUUGAAGGAGAAAGCCAACCCGCCGAACAGUAAGAGAAGCAAGCAGCCUCACUACAACAGUGCUGCCGCAAACAGUAGCAUAGCAAACAUCAUCCACGAUAUGAGACUGAAGAAAUCGGCACGCGAGGAUAUGUCAAGCGCCCCAAGUCCAGAUAUCCGUCCAGGUAUUCACCCAGAUCGGCAGGCGCUCAUGGCUCUUCCUGCGUCUGAGUCAGCUCACUCACCUACGCCUGCAGAUUCUCCGGCCCGAAGCAAGAAACAGAGUGUUCAAGGAGCCAAAUCACAUGCUGGGACUGCCCCGGACCAGCCUCAGCAUGCCAUACGCAACGCACCCCAAGGCGUCAACAACGGGCAAGGUGCUGCUCCCGAGGUGAUCGAUUUGGGUUCCGGCAGUGAAGACAGUGAAAGUCAAAAAGACGCUCGCCCUCCUGAGGUGAUCGAUUUAGUGACGCGCUCCGGCGAUGAGAAUGCUGGAAGUCCAAAAGGUGGUCGCUCCCGAGGUGACAGACCUUCCAACAAAGCUGGAAAGCAGCCAGAGGUAGCUCUUCCGAGGAAUCCGCCAAGAGGGAUUGAGAAGAAUGCUGCGGGCGUCUAUAUCGCAGGUUGGGACAAAGAGACCUCAACAUCAGCUCCAUUCCGGCCGCACAUUCAUUCUCUCACCAGAAUGGCCAAGGAGUACAAGGCGAAGAAGGCCCUGGAUAAGCAGAAGCGAGACGCCGAGGGCCUUCGUCGACGGCACGAGACUGAGUUGACAGCCACAGAAUAUCUACCUGGUCACAUCAUUGGCGCUGAACUCGGCCAGGGUGGAUUUGGUGUAGCAUCGGUUUGGGUGAAGCUCGAUAAAGAGAACAACAUCGUUGACCGAUCAGUAAUGAAAUAUUGCGGCUCCGAAGACCCAGAUCGCCCUAAGAAGUUUGACGAUCCGCCAAUGGAAGUGGAGCUCCUGAUGCGACUCGCCGGCAACAGUGACCACAUCAGUGCGCUUCGGAACUAUAGAAUCGCCGAUGAUAGGACAGAAUACUGGGUCAUUAUGGACUUCGCGCCUUUUGGAGACUUGAGUGGAUUCUGGUGGGACUAUGCUAAGAAAGGACAAAAUAUACCUGAAGCCUUUCUCUGGUACGUAUUCUAUGCCCUUGUUAAGGCGUGCAUCGUCUGCCGUUACGGUACCGAGGAGCCAGACACGUACCACGACUCCUACACCGACAACUGGAGAGAAGAAAUCGUGCACUGCGACCUGAAACCGCACAAUGUGUUUCUGGGCGACCAGAUCCCCUAUGCUUUCGACUGCUUCUUUGGGUCCUAUCCGGGUCCCAGGCUAGGUGACUUUGGCUGCGCGAUUCCCGUGAGGAAUGACAGAAGCGGUCCACAUAGGGGCGGCGGCACACCAGGGUUCGAAGCUCCAGAGCAAUAUCCCGCAGCUUACCCCAACAUUGAGCACCGCCAGGUCCCCAAACUCGCCUGGACCAACGUCUGGGGCAUCGGUGCCGUCAUGGCUACACUAAUCUAUCAAGCCGACAAUUACGCGCAGCAAUUCAUAUGCUAUGAUGAUAACGGCCAGCUGGAGUUGCGCGUAGACGAUGCGGCGGUGACUUGCAGCCGCGCAUUAAGGGACUUAGUGAGUGCGUGCCUGGCCGCACGGGCGGAAGAGAGGCCUCGGCUGGAAUACCUUCUGUCGCACAUUGAGAGAAACGUACAAGUGUUACGGAAACGACUGGUUGAUUACGGGGCUUCCUUGAAUCCGCUGGACCUUCAGGGUGAUAGGUUUGCGGUUGGAAAUCAUUUUACGGCGCCGCCUCGUGAUUGA